GUUAAUCUUCCUUAAUAAUAUAUGAUUGAUUGACCAUAUCUAAAACUAUCAAGUAAUCUUGAUAGUGGCUGAAACAAAAGCGAACCACAUGUACAUAUUGUUGGCAGUGGUGGUUCAUAGUCGAGGCCAAAAUGUUUAAGUUCUUAUUGUUUGCGGUGCUGGCAACAGUAGCGCUGGCUAGGCGGUCGCCACAUGCCGACUAUAUUGAGGAAUUGUACAAACAAAAUGAAGGCAGAUAUUCGAGUAAUGUGAUUGAAGAUGCGCUUCUUGAUGUUCCUGGUCUACUCCUGAAAUAUGGUUACCCAAUUGAAAUUCACAAAGUGAUUACGGAGGAUAAUUAUGUACUGGAAGCUCACAGGAUCCCUCACGGCAGAGGUCAACUUUAUGACCCUAAUAGACCAAUUGUCUUCGUCAUGCACGGGCUUUUGUCUUCAUCAGCCGAUUUCUUGGUCCUGGGCCCUGGAAGUGGUUUAGGCUACAUCCUCGCCGAUGCAGGCUACGACGUGUGGCUGGGUAACGCCCGCGGCAGCUACUACUCCAGACAACAUCUUUACCUAAAUCCUGACCAGUUAGGCAACGCCGACUUCUGGAAAUUCACCUACGACGAAAUCGGCAACAUUGAUCUCCCGAGCUUUAUUGACUAUAUCCUAGAUGUGACUGGCAAAACUCAGUUGCAUUACAUCGGUCAUUCUCAAGGCUGCACCACGUUUUUAAUCCUCAACUCUUUAAGACCUGAGUACAACGAGAAGUUCCUGUCGUUCCAAGCGUUGGCACCAGCCGCGUACUUCAUUUAUAACGAUUUUGACUUCUUUAAGUUUGCUGCACCAUACGAGGCGCCUGUUACGUAUAUUAAUUAUAAUUAUUUGGGCCUUGGUGAGUUCUUAGGCAACAGAGAGGCCUUAACGUGGGUUGCUGUCAACUUGUGCAAUGAAGAUGGCCCUAUCUACCGCAUAUGCCAGAAAAUUAUGUCCUUGGAAAGUGUUGGCCAUGUUAAUACUACGAUAACUCCCAUAAUCCUCGGCCAUACACCUGCCGGUGCCUCCAUACGCCAACUCGCUCACUUCGGACAGGCGGUUAACACCAAACUGUUUAGAAGAUAUAGUCACCGUCCUAUCGAGAAUAUCGAAUUAUACGGCAGUCCAGUACCACCCGCCUACGAUGUCUCCCAAGUUACGGUACCGGUACACCUUUACCACGGAUUGGGAGAUUACGUGACAAAUUCCAGUGAUAUUCUUUAUUUGGCUCAGCAAUUGAACAAUGUGAUCGGCGUGAAAGAAGUGGAAAGGCCUAGCUUCACACAUUUCGACUUCAUUUGGGGAAUAGACGCCAAAGAACUGGUGUAUGAUGAUGUUGUGGCAGUUCUUGAUGAGGUGGAAGCGAAUAAAAAAUAAAAAACGAUCUAUUUAUUUACUGUAAAAUUUACAACUAAAAACUCAAAUAAAAAUUAAAAACAGUA